CCCUGAUGAUCAGCCUCAACAUCAGCCUCAGCCUUAUUUCAGCUCAACAGCCAACCCCCACUUGUGAAUUUGCAGAUUUCGCCUAGGCCAAAAGCUAGCCAUGGUUCCUAGCACCACAAAGUUGUUACUGACAGACAUGGUUUUAGGUGUCGACCAUGUUCCUUCAAACUACGUUCGACCCCCCUCUGAGCGUCCUAAUUUUAAGGAUGUCCAGGCAUCAGAUGUCUCCAUUCCUCUCAUAGACCUACAGGACCUCCAGGGUCCUGGCCGCCCUGAUGUUGUCAAACAGAUUGGCCAAGCCUGCCAACACAGUGGUUUCUUCCAGAUUCAAAACCAUGGGGUGUCCGAGACCAUGAUCAGUAACAUUUUGAGGCUAGCCAGAGACUUUUUCCAGCUGCCAGAAAGCGAGAGGCUCAAGAACUACUCAGACAAUCCUUCCAAUCCAGUCAGGCUCUCCACUAGUUUUAAUGUUAAGACAGAAAAGGUAGCCAACUGGAGGGAUUUCUUGAGGCUCCAUUGUUACCCUCUGGAGGACUAUGUCCAUCAAUGGCCUUCCAAUCCUCCAUCUUUCAGGGAGGAUGUGGCUGAGUAUUGCACCAGUAUCAGAGCACUAGUACUGAGACUGCUGGAAACCAUUUCUGAGAGCUUAGGCCUCGAGAAGAACUACGUAAGUGGGGUGCUGGGCAAGCAUGGGCAGCACAUGGCUAUGAACUACUAUCCGCCGUGCCCGCAACCAGAGCUAACUUAUGGGUUGCCUGGACAUACUGAUUGUAGUUUAAUCACAGUUCUUCUCCAAGACGAUGUACCCGGGCUUCAGGUUUUAAGAAAUGGAAAAUGGGUGUCAGUCAAUCCUAUUCCGAAUUCCUUCAUUGUCAACAUCGGUGACCACAUGCAGGUAAUCAGCAAUGAUCGAUACAAGAGCGUGCUGCAUCGAGCUGUGGUGAACUGCAACAAGGAUCGAAUCUCCAUCCCAACUUUCUACUGCCCAUCACCAGAUGCUGUAAUAGGCCCUUCCCCAGAACUAGUCGACGAUGAUCACCCAGCUGUCUAUAGGAAUUUCACUUGCGAGGAAUACUACACUCAGUUUUGGAACAGAGGGCUUGCAACUGAGUCCUGCUUGGACACGUUCAAAGCAUCUACCACUUGACUUUUCUUCCCUGCCAGUUUCUGGAAUGCUUGAAAUGUGCUAUGGUAUCUUAAAAUCUUCUUUAAUCUAUGUAUUUCAUGAGUGUUAAUCACUUUAUUUGAAGAGCCUUGGGCAAUAAGACUGCAAAUUGUCAAAUAUUUUUUCA